AUGUCUAUUAAGAAGGCAAUUGUUCUUCUCUCUUUCAUCUUGAAGGGCUUCAAUGCUGGACUGGUCUCUAGCUUAGCUUCCGAUUGCGCAAAGUAUGUCGACAACCCCCAUGGUGUCGAAUUUGAAAAUGGCAUCACAAACAGAGAAGAAGGCUCCCUUCCAAAAGCAACCAAGAAAUCAAGUGGGCCACGUCUUGAACUGAAACUCGAUCUAUCUUCCGUCAAGCGGGACGGGGAAACGGCAAUACCCAAGUCUUGCCUGAAGAAAAAGGGAGAAAACAAACUAUAUGCCCAAGUUGGAAAAAGAUAUAAAAAGGUCACCUUUUCUGACCCUGAGACAGAAGAAUUCAUCUUUUAUGGGGAACCAAAAAUCAAAAGCCCAAAUUUCUUAAGGAGACUCAGAUUGAUCAAGUCACUAUCCUUUCCACAAAUCACAAAGGUCAAAAAAAGUCCCGAGCAAGAGGUUCACUAG